GUUUAACACGAUAAAAUGAAGCUUGAUCAAGAUUUAAUUCAUUAUCUUACAAAAGAAGAUUUCAGAGUGCUAACAGCAAUUGAGAUGGGUAUGAAGAACCAUGAGCUUGUCCCUGCUCAAUUAAUUCAAUCCAUCGCAAAGCUUAAAAGAGCAAACACGUUCAAAAUUAUUCAGAAUUUACUGAAGCACAAGUUGAUUAUGCAUAAGAACACUAAAUGUGAUGGGUAUGCACUCAACUACCCUGGAUAUGAUUACCUUGCCUUAAGAGUUUUCAUGAAGAGGGGCCAUAUCACCAAAAUUGGAAGCAAAUUCGGUGUAGGGAAAGAAUCUGAUAUUUACCUUUGUGAGACUCCAGAAGGUGAGAAUAUCAUUGUUAAGCUUGAAAGGCUUGGAAGAACCUCUUUCAGAGCAGUUAAAGAUAAAAGAGAUUACUUAAAGCACAGAACUAGUUUUUCCUGGUUCUAUAUCUCAAGGUUAGCAGCUAAGAAGGAAUAUGCUUUUAUGAAAGCUUUAUACGAGAGAGGGUUUCCAACACCAAAACCUAUUGACUAUAACAGGCAUGCAAUCUUAAUGUCCAGAGUAGAUGCUUACCCAAUGACACAUAUUGCUGAGAUGAUCAACCCCAAGGAAGUUUAUAUCAAGUUGAUGAAUUUGUGCAUACAAUUAGCAGAGAAUGGGCUAAUCCAUGGAGAUUUUAAUGAGUUCAACCUUAUGAUUGAUGAUAAAGAGAAUGUCACCUUGAUUGAUUUCCCCCAGAUGAUAUCUAUAGACCACAAAGAUGCCAAAUUCUACUUCAACAGAGAUGUACAAUGUAUCCAGAAGUACUUCGACAGAAAAUACAACAUGAUUUUUGAAGAUAAGCCAACUCUGGAUAAUGACGUUCAGAGAAAGGAAGACAUCAUCGACAUUGAGAAAGAAGAAAAUGAGACUAUUGAGCUUAUUCAGAUCACCGACCAACAAAACCAGGAAGAGACUAAGAGUGAAAAUAGCCAUGAAGAGCCAGAAGCUGAAGGUGAAGGUGGUGACCAAGAAACUGAAGGAGAAAAAGAAGCUCAAGAAGAGAAAGAGCAGGAGAGUGAAGCUGAAGGAGAGGGAGAACAGCAUGAGACAGAUACCCAGGCUAGUAAAUUUAAGACAAGAAAAGUCAUUAAUAAAGAAUAUGUUAGAGAUAAAGUCAAGAUCGAGAAAAUGAGAAUGAAAGAGAAAGCCAAAUAUAAGCGGAAUGUGAACAAAGCCAAAAAUAAAGGAAAGAAAAAGCAAGCUAACUUUGAUGAUUACUUAUAAUUAUAUUUUCAAUAUGAAA